AUGGGUUUUAACCUCCAUGGACGAACUGCAAGGAAGCCUCCCCAAACAGUUUCUGUUGAUACUAAACCUCCAUCUGGAAGUGAUCUAGAAGACUCUGCCAAUGCUUUGCUCCUAAGGAAGCGAAAGAGAAGAGAGCCAAGGUCGGGAGUGCUUAUCACAGACCCUGUUCAAAAUAGAUCUACACCGAUUAAGCCUAGUCCUAGCCCUAUUAUUGAAGAAGAAGUCAUACCUUCCGAAGGAGCUCAAGCUUCAGGAAACUCUUUUGAAACACCUGAGCUGGUCCUCUCUAAAGGCAAAAGCAAGCUACCUGACUCUGAAUUGCUUGAUGUGGUUCUGCUUCAAAACAUAGUCUUUAAUCUUGAACAAAGGUCUGCCGAAAAGGAUUUGAUUAUUGGAAAGUGGGACAUUCGAAUUGGUGAGCUUGAAAAAGAGAACUCAAUUAAAGAUGCAAAGAUUUCAAAACUUCAAGAAAAUCAUGGUGGUCUUGCAGCUUUAUUCUUUGACCUGAAACAUCGCUUACAUCAAAAGUUUGGUGGCGAAUUUCAACCUUUAAGUGCUGAAGGAGAAAAGAUUUAUGCUUCUAGUUCAAGUGCUACCGAUCCAACUUCUCAGCCUACAAGUGAAAGAGUUGUAAGACCUGCUCCAGAUGCUAAUCUUGAUUCAUUCGUAUCUUCUGGUCCUACUUCUGCUCAAGAAAGAAGAGAGAAGAAAAUCAGGGUCGAGCAGCUAAAAGGGAAGAUGUUAAUGAUGAAGCAUUUAGACCAAAAUGCUCCAUGUAAUCACCCUAAUAUAUUUUUCAAGGAAACUAGAAAGAAAUUGACAGAUAAAUAUGGGGAUCGCUCUGGCAUUAUGAUGUGGGGAUAUGAUGCUGAAAAGAAAAUAUGCGUUCUGAAGAGAAAAAACGGACGAAUUGAAUAUUAUGAGAAGAAAGCUGACUUCUUGUCUUGGACAAAAUUUGAUCUUCCUGAACUCAUCCACACACCUUUUCACAAUCCAACCAAUGAUCCCAUGGCCUGGUAUUUUAAGAAUUUUCUUGGGAUUAAAGCUAAAAAUAAUUUUGAAGGCUUGAAUAUUGAUUCAUCGUUUACUAAAAAUGCCAAGGAUGCUACUGCGUCAGUGGUGAUCAAGCUGAAGAGAAACCCGUAUCACAUUGUUGAUCCCAAUGACUUGUUGAAGUUUGGUGAACGUGAUAUCCACACAUUGUCAAAUUUUCAAAUAAUUAUUGAGAAUGAAUUGUUUGAAGCUGCCGCGAAAGGUUUCACCGAUAUGGUAGCUACAAUAAUUGACAAGAAGCUGUGGGCAGGAGCUUUUGACCAAGCUGAUGUGUAUCUCGUAGAGAAAUCUUGA